AUGCGGCUUAGAUAUUCGUCCUUAGGUCGUUUUAUGUGGACAUCAGAGCGCUUUAAUGAGGCAAAAGCAAUAUCUUUUUUUCUUUUCUUUUACCUUUUCUCAUUUUCCCCCCUUCUUUUUUUGGUAUUAAUUGGCUUGUUGGUGAUAGUUUCUUUUUUUGGUGUAGGAGUUCUUUAUAGAGAUGCAGGCAGUAUAUUUCUGGCUAUUGAUGCAUAUGAGCGGUGCCUUAAAAUUGAUCCUGAUUCUCGUAAUGCAGGCCAGAAUCGACUGCUUGCAAUGAACUACAUAAAUGAGGGAACAGAUGACAAACUAUAUGAGGCUCACAGGGAGUGGGGCAGUCGCUUCAUGAGGUUAUAUUCCCAGUACACCUCAUGGGACAACCCUAAAGAUCCAGAAAGGACACUUACCAUUGGAUACGUGUCUCCUGAUUAUUUUACACAUUCUGUGUCAUAUUUCAUUGAAGCACCUCUUGUCUAUCAUGACUAUGAAAAUUACAAGGUUGUGGUUUAUUCAGCAGUCGUAAAGGCAGAUGCAAAGACAAUUAGGUUUAGAGACAGAGUCUUGAAAAAGGGUGGUAUAUGGAGAGACAUAUAUGGGGUCGAUGAGAAAAAGGUUGCCAAUAUGGUUAGAGAAGAUAAGGUUGAUAUAUUGGUUGAACUUACUGGUCAUACUGCAAACAACAAGUUGGGAAUGAUGGCCUGUCGGCCUGCUCCUGUUCAGGUAACAUGGAUUGGCUAUCCAAAUACAACUGGUUUGCCCACCAUUGAUUACAGAAUCAGUGAUCCCUUGGCCGAUUCUCCUGAUACUAAGCAGAAACAUGUUGAGGAAUUAGUAAGAUUACCAGCAUGCUUUCUUUGUUAUACGCCUUCCCCUGAAGCUGGGCCAGUAUCUCCCACUCCUGCUCUGUCCAACGGCUUCGUCACUUUUGGUAGCUUUAACAAUUUGGCAAAGAUAACACCUAAAGUGCUCCAAGUUUGGGCAAGGAUUCUACGUGCAGUUCCAAAUUCUCGGCUUAUCGUAAAGUGUAAACCUUUUUGUUGUGAUAGUGUGAGACAAAGGUUUCUUUCAACACUAGAGCAGCUGGGGUUGGAUUCGACCCGUGUAGACCUUUUGCCGUUAAUUCUUCUCAAUCAUGAUCAUAUGCAAGCAUAUUCUCUCAUGGAUAUAAGCUUGGAUACAUUUCCUUAUGCUGGAACAACCACAACAUGUGAAUCUCUCUACAUGGGAGUUCCAUGUGUCACCAUGGGAGGUUCAGUGCAUGCACAUAAUGUCGGUGUUAGUCUACUAAAUACUGUUGGUUUACCUAACCUGGUUGCUAAGAAUGAAGAUGAAUAUGUGCAACAGGCUGUACAGUUAGCAACAGAUGUUACCGCUCUCUCAAACCUGAGAAGAGGUUUGCGAGAUCUUAUGUCCAAGUCACCUCUUUGUGACGGACCUAAGUUUACCCAGGGCCUAGAGUCUGCCUACAGGAAUAUGUGGCGCAGAUACUGCAAGGAUGACGUGCCGUCCUUAAGGUGGAUGGAGCUUUUAAAGAAAGAGCAGGCACGGGAGCAGGCGCAGCAACAGAACUCACAUGAACAAGAGGUAGUUCCAGAAGAGCCAGUUAUCAAAUUUUCAGACCCCACGAGGAUCUCUACAUCUAAUGAUGGCCCGUUUGGAUCAGUUAUGGUUAAUGGACUCAGUCUGGGGCAAUCUUCCAUAAUAAACCACCCCUCAUCUGUUGAAGAAAAUGGGGUUUAGUCAAAGAUGACAGCUUACCUGAGGCACGUUGUGGCUAGUCUAAAAUAUGAAGGCCUGUAACUGAAGAAUUUUCUGGAGAGAUUUGAUUGUGCGUUAGAAUCUGCAAUUGCUCUUUUUAAAUCGAGCCUUCUGUAUCAUAUAUUGAAUUGAGGCUUGAUGUGUUAGUACUCACGUUAGCCAUGGUGGCAACCAAGUGUUGCUCAGUGUUUAGGCCCAGAUUUUUUCACGAGUAGGAUGAUGGCGGCAUUGUUUACCCGAAAAAACUUAACCUGCUUAAGGUAUAGGAGGAGUAUAGCUUAUAGCGACACGGAGGUGAUCAUAUGGUAUUUGUAUUAAGGUAUGACAUUCCACAUCUACAUCUACAUCUACCCCAGUAGCAAAAGAGAUGGGGAUUUUGUAAAAUAUAGGAUCUUCGAAUAUCAUAUUGAGCGCUUUUGAAGGAAUUUUUUUAAUAUAAAUUUGUGGACCAGUUAGCGUCGACUGAUGGUUCAUAUUA